CAACUGCGCACUAUAAGCACAACUGCUGGCUCGAUCAUUGGACAACUUUGUUCCUGCCUGCAAGGUAUUCAGGCUACCUAGUGAAAUUUCACUCUGCAAAUUUUUGAUCUGGUCACCCAAAUAUCUCUCUCAGAUUCUUAUAAACGGAAACUUCAGAAUGUUGGCCUCUAGAAACUAUUCAAGAGUUUCGGCCAAGGCCCUCAGGCGGUCUUUGGCCACCCUGACGGAUUUUGCGUCUUCGUUUAAUGUGCCCGCAGAAUACCAGGCCAGAUGCCCGCCAUAUGCCAAGUUGGUGAAGAAUUUGGACACUGUGAAUCGUGUCACAGGCAACCAGCCCUUGACUUUGGCUGAAAAAAUCUUGUACUCGCAUUUGGUUGACCCAGAACAAACGAUGGCUUCGGUGAACGGGGACUCCUCCAAACUUAGAGGUGAGCAAUACUUGAAGUUGAACCCAGACCGUGUUGCCAUGCAAGACGCGUCUGCACAAACUGCGUUGUUGCAAUUCAUGACAACCGGAAUGUCGCGUACUUCUGUUCCAGCCUCCAUCCAUUGUGAUCACUUGAUUGUGGGCAAAGACGGUGCCGAAAGCGACUUGAUCAGCUCGAUUGCCACGAAUAAGGAGGUUUUCGACUUCUUGCAGAGUUGUGGAGAGAAGUACGGCAUUCAAUUCUGGGGCCCUGGCUCCGGUAUUAUCCACCAGAUUGUGCUUGAAAACUUCUCUGUCCCUGGUUUGAUGAUGCUUGGUACCGACUCUCAUACCCCCAAUGCCGGUGGUUUGGGUGCAAUUGCCAUUGGUGUUGGUGGUGCUGAUGCUGUUGAUGGUUUGACCGGUACUCCCUGGGAAUUGAAGGCCCCCAAGGUUUUGGGUGUCAAGUUGACUGGAAAGUUGAGCGGAUGGUCCUCUCCAAAGGACGUGAUUACUUACUUGGCGGGUCUUUUGACUGUGCGCGGAGGCACUGGGUGUAUUGUGGAGUACUUUGGCGAAGGUGUUGAGACUUUGUCCUGUACUGGCAUGGCCACCAUCUGUAAUAUGGGUGCUGAGAUUGGCGCAACCACCUCGACCUUCCCAUACCAGGAGGCUCAUCGCAGAUACUUGCAUCAAACCAACAGAGGUCCAAUUGCAGAUGCAGCAGAUGUUGCUUUGAGGAAGUACAACUUCUUGACGGCAGAUGCGAAUGCUCAGUACGACAAGGUCAUUGAGAUCGACUUAAACACCUUGGAGCCCCAUAUCAAUGGACCCUUCACCCCUGACUUGUCCACGUCGAUUUCAAACUUUGGAAAAACUGCCAAGGCCGAGAGCUGGCCCUCUACUGUGAGUGCUGGUUUGAUCGGAUCUUGUACCAACUCCUCGUAUCAGGACAUGUCCCGUGCUGCCUCGAUUGUCAGGCAAGCAGAAAAAGCGGGAAUCAAACCAAAGAUCCCAUUUUUUGUCACACCCGGCUCCGAGCAAAUUAGAGCCACCAUCGAAAGAGAUGGGUUGAUUGAUGUGUUCGAGAGAAACGGUGCUAUUGUUUUAGCAAAUGCAUGUGGACCCUGCAUCGGUCAAUGGGACAGAACAGAUGUUCCCAAGACCUCCACUGAAUCAAACGCCAUUUUCACUUCUUUCAACAGAAAUUUCAGGGCAAGAAACGAUGGCAACAGGAACACCAUGAACUUCCUUACCUCCCCUGAUAUUGUCACUGCCAUGAUCUACUCUGGUGAUAUGAACUACAACCCCAUCACAGACUCGAUCGCGACAGAAAAGGGGCAAUUCAAAUUCGAGGCUCCAACUGGUGAUGAGUUGCCAAGCUCAGGCUUCAUCAAAGGCCGCGAAAUGUUCUACCCCGACCCUAACCCACAACCAAAGGCAGACGUGCAGAUCAGUGUUUCUCCAGAAUCUGACAGAUUGCAGCUUUUGGAGCCUUUUGCGCCAUGGUCCGGCGAAGAGCUCACCACCACCGUGUUGUUGAAGGUUGAAGGCAAGUGUACCACUGAUCACAUUUCUGCUGCUGGAGCUUGGUUGAAAUACAAGGGACAUUUGGAGAACAUUUCUUACAACACCUUGAUUGGUGCCGUCAACAAAGAAACAGGUGAGGUUAACAAGGCCUACGACUUGAACGGGGAUGCUUACUCUAUUCCUGAACUUAUGUUCAAGUGGAAGGAAGAUAAGCGUCCAUGGAUUGUUGUGGCUGAACACAACUACGGAGAGGGAUCAGCUAGAGAGCACGCAGCGAUGUCUCCAAGAUUCACGGGCGGGUCCAUCAUCUUGGUCAAGUCUUUCGCCAGAAUCCAUGAAACUAACUUGAAGAAGCAGGGUAUGUUGCCCUUGACUUUUGCCAACGAGGCCGACUACGAUAAGAUUUCAUCUGGUGACGAACUCACUACCGUCGACUUGCGUGAUAUGGUUGCCAAGGAUGGUAACAACGGUGGCUUCUUGAAGAUGAAUGUCAAGAAGAGAGAUGGUUCCGAGUUUGAGUUGUUGUGCAAGCACACGAUGUCGAAGGAUCAAAUCGACUUCUUCAAGGCUGGCUCUGCGAUCAACUACAUUGGAAACUUGAAGAAAGCUCAGGAAGCUGCUCUGAACUAAGCGGUGGAUCCCAUGUCGUAUUUCAACGUGGCCUAGGCAUUCCCUGGCUGCCUUAUCAGCAUAUAAUUAAUGUACAAUAGAAGUCUAGAGCCUUUGUCCUGACCAAUGAUGCAACACCAAUAAGUUUUUGUUUAAUAUAGUAUA